CUUGCUGUCCUCACUGGCCGUUUUGCGAUCGACUUUGCUGCCGUACGCAACCUCUCAGGCUUGCUCAGCUACUAUCAGUGUCGACAUUAGCCCAUCCUAGGCCCAUGGUUGGGACCAACCUGCUCUGCUCCUACAUCUGACAGCUCCCUCAUAGUUUCAGCCGUUUGGCUCCUUCGCAGCGCCCUGCUCCUUGCUCGGCAUCUGGAUUGAGAUGGACGAGGACUUCAAGAUGCAAGUUAUUGACGUCGACGAAUCCGACUCAGAUAUUGAGUACCUCGGUGAGAACACAGACAAGAAUCAGAAGCGCCCACGUUCUCCCGCCGAUGCCUCCGUGUCAACCUUUCCUAACAACAGACGACCCACAGGUCCAGCACAGCCUUACUCGGACACUGCAGGACCCAGUGUUCGGGCUUACGCGAAACGGAAGGAGGAUGCUAUUGUCGUCGACUCUGAUUCUGACGAUAUCGUUCCAUUAUCCAAGAAACAACGGUUAUCAGUUUCGAGUUUUCCAGCACGGGACGUGCACCACUCGAGUGAAUCAGCAGAUGAGGAGGAAUGGGCGACUUGUCUGGCAGCGUUGGAUAUUGACGAACCCGCGAAUUGGCGCAGUAUCCCAGAGCGCAGACUCAAAGCAAUUAGUGGCAUGAUCCUGGACGAACCUGAAGAUGACGAAGUACUCUCGCCUUGUAGGCUCCCGUUUUGGGCUUCUCACCAUGGAUCCCCGGGGCCUUCCAGCGUGAUAAUAGAACAAAUGAAGACGACAGGUUUUGAAUGGGACAAAGGCAAGAGCAUACGUGCCAGGCAAACCCCGCACUCCACCAGGGCCAACAAAACGAAGAUUUGGGACAUGCUCCAGUCAGACUUGGCCCGCCCACCAGUACAUGUAAAGCGCCGAACUUUUUCUAUACUUGGAGCAGUAUCGGGUAGGAUCCCCACACGAGAGCUCUACUAUGAUCUUGGGUUCUUCGUCACUAAGCGAAAGACGACUUCGUGUUACCGAAUCGCUCGCACGAUCACGAAAAUCGUGCAGUCAGGUCCCACGGCGGUAGCAUGCGCCACUGCUGAUGCGGGCACUCCUGACCAACCAGAGUCGGAGGGCGUUAUUGAUUAUAGGUACAACACUGAAUGUGGCUCAGCAUUAGCCGUUUGGCAACAAGGUCAACUAUCCCGAAUGGACGAUCAGGAGAGAAACCAUUGGCGAUUUAAAACCGAAGGGCAAAAUCUGGUGGCAAUGAAGUGGUAUACUGUCAACGACGUAGUUUUUCGGCCUCGCAGGCCUUCUGAAUUCCUUUCUGCGGGUAAUGACCCCUCAAUCAUAUUGUGGAAAGCAUCAAAUGAUGGACUUCGUCCUAUGAAACAAAUUAAAACGACGGGUGUACCGCUGGGCCUAAGCUUUAAACCCGGAGAUUCUGUACUGGCUGUUGGUAUGGAUGAUGCGUCUAUCUCCCUGUAUAACUCCUUGGGAGCCAAAGUGACUAACGUCGAUCGCCAGUUUGGUGUGACACACACUGCCAAGUGUCGCUGUCUGGAGUGCAAGGGCCAUGCCACUGGAGCGAUGGCAUGGGGCAUAAACUCGAGUUCUGACAUGCUUUUCGCAUCAUCAGAGCCAUAUAAUGAUGCCUUUCGUCAUGGAUGGCAUCGAGGAUGGAAUAUUCGAACUAAGGACAUGAUUAAAUUCAACGUUGGCGAGGCUGGUGACGAUUUAGUGGUUGACCCUUCUGGCACGACUGUUGUACUGAUCACAAGAGGACAUAAUGACUCCCAUCCUUUACGGAUGUUUGACCUUCGAGCAAAAUCUCGCGAUGAGCCUCACACGAUGUUUGAAUUGCGUCCUUUUGAGAGCAAGGAUGCAGAUAACAAGGAUGCAGAGGUAAGGCACACGUGCUACAGCCCCGAUGAACUAUAUUUGGCCAUUGCACGAAGUGAUAAUACUACGGAUGUCUAUGACAAACGUAUGCUUGGGCGCGGACCUUUGCACAUUCUCCGACAUGGGCAUGGUCCAAGCAAGGCGGAGAAGUAUGGUGUGCAGCGAGUACACUGGUUGACGGGAAGGGAUGGAAGGAGGACCGGGCUCUUGACUGGUGGUGAUGAUGGUUGCGUACGGUUGUGGGAUUUGGGUUUGGCUAUGGACGACCAUGGUCAGGGUCGCAUACUCGCUCAGAUGGAUGGUGGGAUCGCUAAUUUCUCUGCCGGGGAUCCGUGCAACGGUGAGAUUCGGCUUAUAGUAGGUGACAAUGAUGGCCGGGUUCACAUGUACGAUGAUUUUGAGGAUGAUAUCUUCUAAAGGUACUGUGUUUAUCGCUGAUUAUAUUACUGCAUAUACUAUACCUUAUCUUGCAAAAUCCUGAGCUCCCUUUUCUUGAUAUAACCUCCGGCCCAGCGCUAGCUCCUUGACAGUUUAUUACUUCUCAUGGACUUAUUAUAAACG